GUUGUUUGGAGGUGUCCAGGCAUUGUUGGGGGGGGUCUGGCUGCCGUUCCUCAGGCUGAGCACCCUGCCCCUGCAUCCCUGCUCCAUCCCUGCAUCCCUUCUGCAUCCCUCCUGCGUCCCUGCUCCAUUUCUGCAUCCCUCCUGCAUCCCUUCUGCAUCCCUCCAUCCCUCCUGCAUCCCUGCUCCAUCCCUCCAUCCCUCCUGCAUCCCUGCUCCAUCUCUGCAUCCGUCCUGCAUCCUUGCUCCAUCCCCGCUCCCUGCCGGGUGCAGGGGGGGAGGCGGCCCCUCCGCAGCGGGAGGAGGAGGAGGAGGAGGAGAAGGAAGAGGAGGAGGAGCGGCUCAGGUGCGAGCAGGCGCUCGGAGGGGCGAGGGGAGGCAGCGGCAGCUCCCGGCGCCCAUCCCAGGAUGCCGGGGAGCUGGCACGGGAUUCCAGGGAGCAGCCCUUUCCCCACGCGAGGAACAGCUGGAAUUAUUCUGGGAUGUUACCAAAUCAGAAGGACUUUCUGCAAGGCAGAGAAUUAACUCUGAGCGGAACGCGCUCUCCCGAAGUGCCGCAGCGGGAUCGCAAAUCCGCCCUUCCCAGCACCCCAAAUCCCUGCUGAAGGCACGGCGAGGGCUGUCGGAGCCAGAAAUCCCUGCUUGGAGGCACGGCGAGGGCUGUCGGAGCCAGAAAGCGCUGCUGGAGGCACGGCGAGGGCUGGCAGAGCCCGGCGAGGUGCUGGUACCUCGGAACAGACCCGGAGCGAAGGGAGCUGGGUGACCUUGGAGAUCGUUUCGCGUGGAUCCAUUCAUUCUCGCCGCCCGUCUCCCAGUCUCAGGGACUCCAGGAUUAAAGAUGGUUUUAAACAUUUUAGGGGCCUUUCGAAAAGCGAGAUUGUGUUCAAUUAAUGAGCUGCCUAAUGAUUGCUGAACUAAUCGAGCGUUCGCUUAAAACUGCGCGCAGAAGAUGCUUUCCUUUAGCGCUUGCUUUCUCCACAACUGCGAAUAACAUGAACGAGGUAACGUCCUGCGAUUCAGAGCAACUGUUUAUUAUGCCGAUUGCCUAAGACGUACAGAAACUACGUAGAAGAUGAAGCCGAAGAACAGAAUAAUGGAGUAGUAAACAAUGGCAGCUUUUCUGGUCAAAUCAGCGUUUCGUUAGCCUCGCGGCAGAAUGCAGAUGGAAGUUUCUGUUCUCGUUGUGUGGGGGUUUGUGAAAUGAUUCAGGUGUUGCUACAGAGCUAAGGUGUGCCAGAGGUGAUGCACUGAUGCUGAGGAGGCAUCAACAGCUGUGGGACUGUAACCCUCUCACAUGUAAGCACUGGCAGUGUCUGCAGAGAGAGAUCGGGAGACCCUGAAGCAGAGGUUAGCUGCUGUUAAGCGGGUCAUCUGCUCGCUAAGGCUCAGAUUGCAGUGUUCCCGGGUCACAAAACAUGAACCAGUCCCGAUGGAUUGAAUGGAGGACUCUGAAUAUGAGCAGUAGUGUUACGAACGUAUCUGAGCACCUCUCCUGCCCUCUUGGAUUCGGUCACUACAAUGCGGUUGACAUCUGUAUCCUUGAGACGGUUGUUAUUGUCUUGCUAACGUUUUUAAUCAUUGCGGGUAACUUAACUGUGAUCUUUGUUUUUCACUGUGCUCCACUCCUGCAUCAUUACACCACCAGCUAUUUUAUUCAGACCAUGGCCUAUGCCGAUCUCUUUGUGGGAGUGAGCUGCUUGGUUCCUACUUUGUCGCUGCUCCACUACUCGACAGGUGUCCAUGAGUCCUUGACUUGUCAAGUUUUCGGAUACAUCAUCUCUGUGCUGAAAAGCGUGUCUAUGGCAUGUCUCGCUUGCAUCAGCGUGGAUCGCUAUCUCGCUAUAACAAAGCCUCUCUCCUAUAAUCAACUGGUCACACCUUGUCGCUUGAGAAUCUGCAUCAUUUUGAUCUGGAUAUACUCUUGUCUGAUCUUCUUGCCUUCCUUUUUCGGUUGGGGAAAACCUGGUUACCAUGGAGAUAUUUUUGAAUGGUGUGCUACCUCCUGGCUAACUAAUGCCUAUUUUACUGGCUUUAUCGUGUGCUUACUAUACGCUCCCGCUGCCUUUGUCAUAUGCUUCACCUAUUUCCACAUCUUUAAAAUCUGCCGGCAGCACACCAAAGAGAUAAACGACCGGCGAGCUCGAUUUCCUAGCCACGAAGUGGAUGCCGCUGGGGAGACUGGGCACGGCCCCGAUCGCCGCUAUGCCAUGGUGUUGUUUCGGAUAACCAGCGUGUUCUACAUGCUGUGGCUCCCCUAUAUCAUAUACUUUCUGCUGGAGAGCUCGAGGGUGUUGGAAAACCCAGCGCUUUCCUUCUUAACGACCUGGCUUGCUAUAAGCAAUAGUUUCUGCAACUGUGUGAUCUAUAGCCUCUCCAACAGCGUUUUCAGGCUGGGACUGCGGAGACUGUCAGAGACAAUAUGCUCAUCUUGUAUGUGUUUAAAAGACAGGGACGUACGGGACCCUAAGCCAAGGAAACGGGCUAAUUCGUGCUCCAUUUAAAGAGAACUGGCGCAUGUUAAACAAACGUGGAGUUUUGAUAGUGUUUGCUGUAUCUGGAAACCUGCCAGAAGAGAAGUGUUUACUUGACUAGUUUGCUGUGAUGUGAGAGUGAGUUUAAAAGGGAUUGCGGAAAAGGAAAAGGCUGCUGUUAAGAGGGGGUCACUGGACUUGAAUAUAGCUCUUGUGAAGUUGUGAGCAGAGUGAUUCGACAGAGACGAUGAAGGAAGUCAGAACUAAAAAUCUUCCAAAGGGCGUGAAAUAACUACCACAUCAGAGGAGAAUCCUCGUAAAAUCAAUAAGCUAGUUACUACCUAAUAUUUUCCCCCUUGUAGAAAAGUUGUCUUACUAUCUUCGUGUCAGAAUAUACUGUAGCCUUCUGAAUUAAAAUAUAUUUAAGAGAAACAAUCAGCAGCACAGUAAGUGGCUCUAACUGUAAAUUAUAUACCUGAGGACUAUAGUAGAUACUGCAGAUUAAUACUCAGCUCUGUCUCUGCUCACAUCUCGGGCGAUUUUCAGUUGUACAAACGCUCCGCGAUGCAUAAAACCCACCCUGGGCACGACGCUUCUGGAUAAAACGGCACACUUUCACAGAAGCUCUCCCUCUCAUUCGCCCCUUUUUUCCCAUACUGUGCAUCCCGAGAUUCCAUCACGUCCAACUGGUUUAGUUUGAGGGCACCUACAAGGUAAACAGAGUUUCAAACCUUUCUUCCUGUAGAAAGCAAAAGCAAUAGCCCUUCCCGGCUGGCUGAGUAACUGCAGCUGCCCAUGCACAAUGACUUCUUCAGUCUUUUCAUUCUCCUGAUCCUGUUCAAUUCGCACACAGAAUGGAUGUAGUGUCCGUUAGGGUGUACUGAAGCUUCUCCUUCAUUGGCUACACAGAUAAUCCUAAUGCAGAUAUGGUAAUGGCACACAGCAGUGUGCAGCACUGCUUAGAAAACGAAAACGACCCCUUUUCUUUGGGGAGUCUCCAUAGCUUACUGUCGUAGCUGUCAGUCCGCUCUGUGAACCUGCCUUGCACAUACUGUAUUUUUUUAGAGAAAACGUAAAUUGUGGUCUGUGCCUAAUGUUUUCAUAGCACAUGAGAUAUAGGUCGAUGCUACCGGAUUAAAAAUUACACUUGCUUUAAGAGAAAUACUUCUUUGCAGUUGUUGAAUAGCUGUUUUUUUUUAGACAAGUGUUCUUGGAGGAAGUGAAGAAGACAGCUUAGUGUUAAAUACAGGCAAAAAGCUUCAGAAUUUCCUUUUGUACUGAACUGAUUUUCAGGUCCACUGAUGAAAUAUUUUUUAUUUUGCAAGGGCACACAUUAGGUUUGUGUAAUAAAUCGCCAGGGGUUCAGAUGCAUGCCAAUCAAUAAAAUAUUUAAAUUAUUAUUUUGAACCAAAUGUAAUUUUCUUAGAUGGUUAUUGGCUUUUAAAAAAGGCCCAAUUAUUGAUCGUUGGUGCCUUUUAACACUGCACUAUUAUUUCUUCUUUCACCAAAAUGCAUAUGUCAAGAUCGUGCCUAUUACUUUUUGUAAUGGAAGCUAACCACGCUUGCACACUUGUGGUUUGACUCUAGAUCUCCCUUAAUUAUGUAUUCCCUGUUCUGUUGAGGUGGUUCUGAACCCCUGUACCUUUUUUUAAACCUGUAAGUAAGCUGAAACAAUGGAAUAAAGUAGUAUUAUGUCUAUCAAAACCAGCCUUGGCUUUAGUUCCCUGAUAUUACGCUCCGUUCUCUGUGGAAGUUCUUCUGGGUUAGGGCUCAAGAGAAAACGGUUUUAAAAUCCAAACCUCAAAGCUGCUCACUUGCCGUCUUAAAUGUUUAUAUGCUGGUUUCU